GCAGCGGGCCCCCGGGCGGAGCAGCAGGCAGCGGGCCCCCGGGCGGAGCAGCAGGCAGCGGGCCCCCGGGCGGGGGCGACAGGCAUCGGGCCCCCGGGCGGGGCGACAGGCAUCGGGCCCCCGGGCGGGGCGACAGGCAUCGAGUCCCCAGGCGGGGCGACCGGCAUCGGGCCCCCCAGGCAGAGGGGCAACAGGCGUCGGGCCCCCAGGAGGGGCGACAGGCGCCGGACCCCCCAGAUGGAGCGACAGGUCUCGGGCCCUCAGGCGGAGUGGCGGGUGCUGGACCCCCAGGUGGAGCGACAGGUCUCGGGGCCCUCAGGCGGAGCGGCGGGCGCCGGACCCCCAGGCGGAGCGACAGGUCUCGGGCCCUCAGGCGGAGCGGCGGGCGCCGGACCCCCAGAUGGAGCGACAGGUCUCGGGCCCUCAGGCGGAGCGGCGGGCGCCGGACCCCCAGGUGAGCAACAGGUCUGGGCCCUCAGGGCGGAGCGGCGGGCGCCGGACCCCCCCAGGUGGAGCGACAGGUCUCGGGCCCUCAGGCGGAGCGGCGGGCGCCGGACCCCCAGGUGGAGCGACAGGCAUCGGGCCCCCAGGCGGGGCAACAGGCAUCGGGCCCUCCGGCGGGGCAACAGGCAUCGGGCCCCCAGCGGGGCAACAGGGGGCAGGACUCCGGGCAGAGGCACAUCGGGCAGGACUCCGGGCAGAGGCACAUCGGGCAGGACUCCGGGCAGAGGCACAUCGGGC